AUGACCAGGUAUAAUCUAAAGGCUAGACGUAAAGCCUUUGGUGAGGUGCACGUUGAUAGCAAUAUCCCAGAGGCUGAGUUAUUGGAAGAAGAUGAUAGUGUUAGCAGUGAUGACAUAGACGAGCAUAGAGAUGAUGUCACUACAGACGGAGACAAUCGAAACGAUGAUGUUGAUCACAUUCAAGAGAAAUCGGCGGCGAUACAGGCGGCGGAAGUACGGGCCACCGGGCUGGGACACGUGGUGCCUGGAGGGUUAGGAGCUCAAGCACAGUCUGCAGCUGCGUAUAAUGCUCAGACCACUAGGGAUGAGGACAAGGCCAAGCUUGGAGACAUUUUGACCGAUGCAACCUUAAAAAUGGCGGGGGACAAGGCUGUGACGAGGGAAGAUGCGGAGGGAGUAAUAUAUGCCGAGAUUAGGAAUAAGCAGGAGGACAUGGCCACCCAUCCUGGUGGUGUCGCCGCCUCUGUGGCCGCGGCGGCAAGGCUUAAUCAAGAAAAGUGAAUCACUGUCGUAUCUAGUUCUAUGUUUGUACGUACAUGACUCUAGUUGGAAGUAUCUUUUGUUUUGUAUGUAGUAUGUACAUAUAUAUGUAGUGUAGGGGGUUUUGUGACAGUUGGAAGUUUUGUUGAGAAUGUGGGUCGGUCUACGCUUUUUGUGUGUAAAUGUAGGAUGACUAUUCUCAAGGUAUAUAUUGCAGUACUGUUUGCAUUCUCUUGUGAGA